CUUCUGCUUGAUUCAUCUUCAUUGCGCAUCACUCUUUUAUGCCCCUUUGCGAAGUAUUUCAUAUAGCCACUUUAGCUAAGUGAUUUAUCUCUUGCUAGCAAUAUUUAUGGCUACAGCUACAUCAGAGCUUGUUUUCUCGCCGCAGGCAAAUCACAAUUUCUCGCGCAUACUUAGCGAUCUUAAAAGGUCCAACCUCUCUAUCACUAACCGUCUUCGCUCUAUACGGGAGGAUGCAGAUUUCGUAUCAGAGGUAGCAGCUGCAUUCGCCCGCCCGCUGAUUGCUAACGAGCGCUGCGGUAGCUGGUAUAUUACUCCCGAUAAUAAAGCCGGGUCUGCGUAUUUUAAAAGCACGGAUGGCCAUACGGGUCAGUGGAGAUUUAGUACGCGACGGCUUAACCUCAACUUAUUGGGCAUCAUCGGUGCAAACGAUGGCUGCGUCAUCGUGGACUCGACGAGGAGAGGCAAACGAAUGCCCGAUGCUCUCAGUAAGACAGUGCCGAUUUGGUGCUGUGUUUUGAAUCAUGUUUUGUUUCCGGAAACACCAAUAUUUCAUGAGCUCUACACUCCUCCAAAUACAGUAUCGCAGUCUGAACAUGCCCAGAUGGAAGCCAGGAUCCCCGAGCACGUGGCUUCACUUAAGGAACUCAGUAUCAACGUGGAUGCCUUACGCCAGGAACUAAAGAAGCCGCUGAGACCCAUGUGGGUUACGCAGGAAUCGCAGCUUCUCCCGACGGACCAUGUGUUUGAUGACUUCCAUCCCGUCAUUUGUUGCACUAGUUCCCGUAGAGUUCUUGGCGGGGAGAUGAGCGAAGGAGGCUACAUCCAGGGCGCUGGUGACGAUACCGAGAACUGGGCCCUGGGAUUAACCCCGCCAGUUUUUUGGCGCCAUGCGGAUAUCCUAUUGUCUACCCCGGAGGCAGAUCUACCUGACCUGGUGCGCUCCUUGGUCUCAGACCAAGCUGUCGAUAUAAAUGCGCCAGGUCCUAGGGAAAUUGCGCCGUCUCUAUUUGUCGGCUGCUUACCACUUGCUGGCCCACCAGCUUCUUCGUCAACCUGCACAAUUGCUAUCUACUCAAAGACUACAGACCCAAGCACCUGGGUCAAGAGCCCAUCGCUUAUGGAAGUUGGUAUAGGUAAGCACAAAAUUGCUAGUCGCAAUCUUCGUCUAGCCCUCCCCAACAUCAACGACUUCGUGCGUCAGUUCUUGGAACAAAAACCAGAGUCCAAUCCUCCCUCAGAGGAUCCAGGCGCGAACCGUUCGGAGCCAAGACGUAUAUUGAUUGCUUGCGAUACUGGUAAGGACCUAUCAGUCGGGAUAGCCCUUGCAUUGUUAUGCCAAAAUUUUGAUAACGAAGGCAACCUCAAACCCGACGUACAACCUUCUGGUCAUACCAAGAGCGAUAUCAGGAUCAGGCUCAGCCGUAUCAUGACAGCCUUCCCUGAAGCAAAUCCAAGCAGAGCAACCUUACAGAGUGUCAAUAGCUACCUCAUGGGCUAAGAGCCUUGCUAUUGUACCCUGUACUGUUUUCAAUCUUAGCAUUAUAAUCGAUAUUGAGACGCUUUCUUAACGAUUCUUAUGCUCGGCACUUGAAGCUCAUUACUUCUGUUGGGCUUUCCUCCGCCAAAUCCGAACCUGAAAUUCCUCCCGGUCGUGACCGUGCUUGGCCUUACAUAGGAGGCACUCAGCCGAAUUCUUCUGGGAGUUGAGCGCUGAUAGGUAGGUAUAUCUGUUAUAUCUAUCGCGUAUAUUGUUUAUUCAAGUAACUGCCCCGUACUUAGCGGAAAAGUUAGCAGAAAAGUUUACGGUUGUUCUCGUUACCACAUUGGUCUUAUUACCAUAUUAAAACUCUUAGUAUGCCCUCGAUAGACUUCUCGCUAUUUCAAAACCAAAGAGAUCGAGACUAGAAAGGGGUCUGCUUUAACUUUGUGCCUCUUCACCCUGUCUCUAAAUAACGUACUCUAGUUCCUCUUUGCUGUUCAUCCUCA